ACACAAAAGCGCGCAAAGAAGUUGCCGUUUUGGAAUUUGGGAAGAAGAAGACGACGACGAUAAUGGCGUUCGCUGCUAAUCCCUUGGCUCUCAGCGUUCCCGAGCCUGCCUUCGAGUCAUGGCUUCGUGACAGUGGCUACCUCGAAAUUCUCGACCAACGUACUACUGCUGCCGCAGCCGCAUCUUCCUCCGCCGCUAAUUCCGAAGCCGUUCCGGCGGUCACCGCCGGAUUCUUCGUCUCCUUAUUCUCUCGCAUCUUUACCUUUCUCUCGCUCUUCACUUUCAACCCCUUCGCCAAGCUCGCUGCUGAGGAUUUCGCCGGCAAGACGCCAUCCUGGUCUCACUCCUUUAUUGGUUGUUGCGAUUCCUACUCUUUCCCUUCGUCGCCGUCUCAGGCUCGCUUGAGGGUCCAGGAGAAUGUCAAGCGCUAUGCUCGUAAUUAUGCGUAUCUGUUUAUCCUCUUCUUUGCCUGCACCUUGUAUAAAAUGCCAGUUCCUCUUUUUGGAUUGAUAUCAUGUUUAGCAUUGUGGGAAUUUUUCAAGUUUUGUAGUGACAGAUGGGGAUUGGCUAAAUAUCCUGUGACUCGGCUGUGUUUAAUCCGCCUUGUCCAAUGUGCAACCGCUAUUGUUCUCAUCUUCUUCAAUGUUCAGUUGGCUCUCUUUUGUGCAUUAAGUGUCAGUUACGCUGGCAUCAUUCUGCAUGCAGCAUUUCGAAAAUUGACCCCUGCAACAAAGCAACCUUCUCGACGGAGAGUAUGGUGGUAGCUGUAGCACUAGGGGCGGGCAACAUGCUAAAAAAACUCAAGGGGCUAUAGUACAGAAGAUUUUCUGUUUUUUUUUUCAGGGGCCUAACAGAAAAUAAUGCUCAUCAUGUAGAAAUUUAUGAGCCUCUAAAAAGUUCUUACUGGUGCAGGGCAGGGCUAUCCUGGAUGUUUUAAUAUUAUUUUACUGCUAUAACCAUUGCACUUAUGACUUGCAUAUAGUGAUGUGAUUUUUUAAGGACUUUGACGUCCUCAUGACUUGAAAUUUAAACGUAUAUGACAAAUAAAGUAUAUGGCAAUAUAGCUUUUUUCUUUUUUAA